AUGAAUAAUAUUCUCCGUUCUUUUUUAAAUAGUUCAGAUACAUACAAAUGUCAAUAUUGUGGCACAAACGUUAUUAAAAAUUAUUGUUCUGUGUGUAGAUCCCAUUUUACUAUUGUAAAUAACAAUGAACAAAAAUAUUUAUCAGUAGAGAUGGAUGAUUUAGAAUUUUUAUCUAUAUCAGAUAAACUAUGUCCUUUAUGUACUAGAUACUACAAAAAUAGUAAAUAUAUUAUAAGAUCUACAUCUUUUUCAGAUUAUUUUGCUAAACUAAAAUUCUGUAAAAAAUGUAAAAAUGAUAGUAAAAAGUUUAUAAGGAAUAUGUUUUAUAAAAAUUUUACUUUAAACAGACGGUUAGAAAAUGUUUAUUCAUCUCGUAUCAUACUUUUAUUUCUUAUUCUAUUUCAUAUGUGUGGUGAAAAUCAGAUAUUUUACUAUUUCAAUAUACUUUACAACUGGUUUAUAUAUUCUUAUUCAGAUAUUGUAAUAUGUUUAAUAUUUUGUUUAGGAAGAAAUUACUGGUUUGUAAGAGGGUUAUAUUUAUUAUAUAGCUGUUAUAUAUUGUUUAGUAGAAAAAGAUACUUUUUUUACAUGCCUGUAAAUUUAGAGAAAGAAGAAAAUAUAGAUAAACAUAUAAAAGAAUUAACAAUAUAA